CUUGAUCAGGUUCCUGGACGACGUCGUAGGUAGUCUACAGCCACUCAACCAGAGUCUAUCUGUUUGCCAAAACAAUGUCUUCAGGCGAUGAGAUGGACGCAUUGAAAACUACGACGCGUCCAAAAUCUCGUAAGAGACAGCGCACCGUGUCCCCACAGCCGUCAACGUCUAAGCAGUCAAAUAAUCGGAAACUAAUAACUGAAUCCUCUCACUCCUCCCCUUCUUCUUCAGAUGAUAUCGAGCUCAUCGAUCCACCACCUAAUGUACCUGCGAAUACGGUCCGUCCACAGAGAAAGAAGGGGCUGAGCAAGGCAUCGGAAAGUCGCCCUAAUGGAAAGGUCCCAGAUAGCCAGUCAAAGUCUAAGCAAGAAAGUCAGGCAAAAGGGAAAGCGCCGGAGGGUCAAGCAGAGCCAAAGGACACUCGCGUCAAACCAAAACCUUACAAACCAAAACCUGCCAGGAAGCUUCCCUUUCCAGUUCCCGUCGUCGAAGACCCCUCAAAUCAUAGUGAACCAGAGAACGAGCCUGAGAAACCACCCAUGAGCCCACGUAUCAAUCGCGAGCUCGAACGGUGGAAGACAAAAACAAAAGAUUUAGAGCAUCAGCGUGACAGACUUUCGCAGCAACUCGAGGAACUUCUUCAGGUCCGAAAGACAGAUGCUGAACAAGCCCUUGAUGAACUUACGGCUCUAUAUGACAGUCGUUCAAAAACACAAGAGUCUAUCAUAUCAGCCCUCCAAACACAACUCGCGUCCCAGUCACCCUUCUUCCGGACAUCUGAGACUGAAACUGAGCCCAAUCCUCCAUCCAGCUCGACACACCCACCUCCCAAUUCGAGCACUUCAGCCAUUCCUCACUUCCUCACUCGCGCCACAGCUGAUGCUGAACAGCGCACACUGCACGAUAAGCUCGCACACAUGCGGGACGAACUCGCAGCUAAAGACACAGUUGUCGAAGAGCGCGAACGGCGAAUUGCCGAGCUUGAGCAGAGUGUGAAAGAUAUCCGCGUCGAACUUAAUGCCGAGAUUGCGCGCUCAAAGCAACUUCUCGUGCGACAACCACACCCCCACACCAAAACCUUCUCCACAGAUGUAGAUCCAAAACACUUUGCAACCAUCAAAUUUUACGAGGAUUUUUCAAACCUCUUGGUCUUAAACGUCAAAUGGGAGCCGCGCGAGGGCGUGGAAGAUGACAUCGUGCAUAAGUGUAUAUAUACAUAUGUUGCGACGGUGAAGGAUGAAGCCGACGUGUGGGAGCAUGUCGAGAGGUCGAUAUCCUUCUCCCUCCGUGCCUACACCGAGGUGUCAAAUUCAGAUUCUGAAGACCCGGAAAUGGACCGGCGCGUCAAGUAUACCCCUCUCGAGCUUGACAAAUUAAGCGAUGAUUUCAGGGAACGCCUUGGCUUCCUAGCGAGCCCGUUCACAUUUCCGCACAAACAGGCUGCGCUGUUUUUGGGAAGCCUGACGCGCCAGAUGGAGACUGCCUUUGAGGGUGAGAGGACGGGAAGUGCGGCUGACGAACAUGAAGAGAGGAGAGAAGAAAUUGUUGAUGUGGACGAUCUUUAGUGAUUAUACUGAGGGUGAGCCUCGGGUUCACAGAUGCAUCGAAUUCGAGUUAUUUGAUUUAUGUACACCCCAUAUUACCCCACGGCGAUACCCGUUAUGUAUACAGUACAUAUAUGAUACACCGGCGUUGUAUUGUCACUACAGUUGGUUUCUCUAUUGACAUAAAUCCCUGUAAAUGAAAACUCUCGACUGUGC